AUGAUCGCAAUACCGCCACGUCACCGCCCUCGUCCUCCGAACCUUGUCCUAUUCGAGCGAUGCAACCUCGGCCUAUAUAAACACAGCGCCGCUCCCGUCUCUUUUAGUCAUCUCUUCCUUCACGUUACCCUUCUUCCUCUUCCUCUUCUUCUUCUUCUUCUUCCUUCGUCUUCGCGCAGAACCAGGGAGGCUCGACCGGAACUGGCGAACACAGGAGAUUUCUCAGUUCUGGAGGAAGAGCAGAGCGAGAGGGUGGUGCACGCCCUGUAUGAGGCCCUAAACGAUCGGAACGUAGAAGCGGUGCACCGCCUGCUGCAACCGGACAUCGGGUGGUGGUUCCAUGGCCCCCCGUCGUGCCAGCAUAUGAUGCGACUGCUCACGGGAGCGUCCCCCGACGAGUCCUUCUUCUUUGACCCCGUUUCCAUCGCCUCCUUCGGCUCGACGGUGCUCGUCGAGGGCCAGGGCUGGUCCAGGGGCAGUACAGUUCCCGUCCAGUGGAUCCACGCUUGGACUGUCACUGAUGGGAUAAUCACCCAGGUGAGGGAAUACUUCAACACCUCCCUCACGGUGACCCGUCUCGGCGGCCCGGAGCCGGCGGCGCUGCCGCCCUCCGCCGGCAGCAGAAAGUUCCCCUGCGUGCCCCUCUGGCAGAGCAGGCUCAGCGGCGGCGCCGGGAAGAAGUCCGUCCCCGGGCUGGUCCUGGCUAUCUGA